AUAAUAUUUUACAAUAUUACUGUUACAAUAUUUUCUGUAUUUUGGGUCAAAUAAAUGCAGCCUUGAUGAGCAGAAGACACUUCUUUAAAACACAUUAAAAAUCCUUCUGAUCCCAAACUUUCUCUUGAUCAAAUAUCUGGAAGCUGGUUAAAAAAGUAAAAAACUUUUUAUCUUAGAAUUCUUACUUUAUUUACUACUUUCCCGUCUGCUUCACAAGUAGAUUAUUACUCAUGGGAGGAAGUGAUGCUGGGAGCGGAUCUAAGAGCAAAUCCAGAAGCUUGUCAUCAUCAAGCGCCAGGAGAUCCAGUCCAAGCCCUCAGAAGAGACAUGAACCUUCCUCUGAGAGGAAAAGGAGAAGCCCAUCCAGCGCUUCAUCAUCUUCCAGCUCCACUUCCCCAUCCAGAGAAAAAAAGACCAAGAAGAAAAAGAAACAACGAGAGGUUAAGAAACUGAAGUGUGAAAAGAAAAAGGAAAAGAAAUGGCAAAAGAAGCUAGCACUGAAAGCUGAACGAGCAGCGGCUUCGGUUUCAACAGCUGAUGAACAUCCUCAAACGUACCUGAAGACCUGGCAGUGUGAAGAAGCUGUCAUGACUGAUGAACAGAAGGGCAGACUUUGCACCAAGAGACCAAUGACAAAGGAAGACUAUGAGGCCAGGCAAAGCGUCAUCCGCCGGGUCCUGGACGCCGAGACGUCCCAUCAGCCUGCUCCAUCCACAAGACAGUGAAACGUUAAUGUGAUGAACUUGCAUGCAGGCUCGUAAGAGGCGAUGGGGAGAUCUUAGAAGAAAUUGUCAGCAAAGAGCGACACCAGGAAGUCAACAAGGUGCACGUCUCUCAGAACCUUUCUGUGAAUAGGAAAAAUAUUUCAAUGGGUCAUCAUUUCUUCUUGUUCCUCACACAGCAAGCCACUUCCAGAAGAGAGCGGGCAUCAAUAGGUAGCGAGGUGUGCAUUUUAAGACACCUUCAAUGCCUUCUCCUGCAUCUCUACAAGAAUUCAACUAUCUCUUUUUAUAUUCCUCCCCAGUGACGAAAUGUGAUUCCAGAACAACAGUUUGCUCAGGAGUGAGUACAUGCUGUCCUGGCAGCUUAUUAACACAGUUUACAUCCUUCAUAGUCAAAGCAGGGAGAGUCUGUAUCUCAUUUAUCUGUUAAUGCAAAAUAAAUGGCUAAUUUAUUUGUAAAUAGGGUCAUUUGUAGUCUGAUUGUAUUCAUUACCACCGAAAUAUCAACUAAUGGUAUCGCAGAGGACUGCUGCAAGAUCAAUAAAAUAUCUUUCUUACACAUCAUGUUGGUUUUCUUUUUUUAAAAUAGGAGAGGAUUGCAUCACAACUGUGUUCAGUACAUUUUGAAUAUAUUUGUAGAUAGAAGUGCAUUUGUUGGAGUUACUGAGCCGAUGCAGUGUGUCAGUCGAAUCAUCCAGGAUUCAUUUUAAGGAUCUGUAAAUGAAUUAUUGUUUACGUCUGUAAUAUAUAUUGUCAGUUUGCGCUGGGUAAGUGUUACAUAUAUAGGUAUGUGUGUGCCUACUGCAUACUCUAUGUAUGUAAUUCAUAUUUUACAGGAAAUAUGAAACAUGAGCAUAUCUGGGAUUAUUAGCAGAAACUGAUCUAAAUACGUUAUACAAUAAAUAUUACAUACCUGCAUUAACAUUCAGCUCAGUAAAUGUGAAUUCAAAUCAGAAAUGGAAGAAAGGAAAGCGAGGCAUGAGGUUCAGUCUGAAAAUAUAGAUGCAGAAUAUAAACAGAGACAAUUAAAGUUCAUUUAAAGUGUUUAGGGAACAGACAGAAAAGGGGUAUUAUGUUUUAAAUGUUUCUCU